AUGGAAGUUUCGAACAAAACAGGUAUAAAAAAAUUAGAUCUUCAUAACAAUGCUUUUGAAUGUCUUUUUGAUCCUGAGUCAAUAUGUUGUAGAAACGGCUCCAUGGAAAAUAAAGAUCUUGAUUAUCAACCACCUUUUGAUCCUUCAAUUGGUGAAGCAAAGUUGAAAGAACAAAUGAUAGCUUUGAACAGUUUUCUUUUUGCCUGUGGUAGUAAAAGAAAAGUAAAUGUGACAGCUUCCUAUAAGGAUCUAUCACAUCUUGUGAAAUUGCGAUAUGUAAGUUUAGUAAAACUCAUAACACGAUCAGCUACGUCACUGAUAGCAUCAGAUGAUGCUGACAUGCUUAUGCAUGACUCAUUUAAGGGCGUAAACAGUGAAGAUUCAAAUAUUGUUUUAGACGGAAAUUUUCGUCAAAUAAUGAGUGGUAUUUCAGAAGCAUAUACCAAUGCUGAAUCGUAG